AUGAUCACUCUCUACCGAGGAAUAUACCAGAAGUUCAGAAAUAAAAUCAAACUGAGAAGGGCAGUGAAGGAAAUCAAGUACAGCUCGAGUGGCGUAGAGGUAACCACCUCAAGAGGAGAGGUUUAUACAGCAGACUACGCUAUUUGUACAUUCAGUACAGGAGUUCUCGCCAGUGACUUGGUCACAUUCAAUCCUCCAUUACCUGAAUGGAAACGAGAAGCCAUCUUGAAAAUGCCCAUGUCUAUAUUCACCAAAAUUUUCCUAAAAUUCCCUUACAAAUUUUGGGACGACAACGAGUUUGUCAUGCAUGCUGCUAGCCAGCGAGGGUACUUUCCAGUUUUUCAGAAUCUUGCGAAAAAAGGCUUUUUCCCCGGCAGUGGACUGAUGCUAAUGGUUGUGACAGAAGAUGUUGCAAGAAGAAUCGAGAAUCAAUCUUUUAGGAAAACCAGAGCAGAGAUUUACAAAAUGUUGAAAAAAGUUUAUGGAAAAUAUAUACCAGCACCAACUAAUAUUUUCUACCCACGUUGGUCAAGAAAUCCUUUCUUUCGUGGUUCAUACUGCGACCCAGUGCUCGGCACCACCGAAGAAGACAUGACAAAUCUCGGUCGCAACGUCGAAAAUCUCUACUUUGGAGGCGAUGCUACAACCGAGUGGUUCGGCUUCAUGCAGGGUGCCUACAUAUCUGGUGUAAACAACGGAAAAAUUGUAUCAAACCUGGUCAAAAAUGGGAGUCCCGUGGUUUAAAGUCGGGACACAAAGUCAUCUUAAUAUAAUGAUGAUGACAAAUAAGUGAUUCAAUAAAAAUUGCAUUCAAACCCCAA